AUGACGGCCGCAGCAGCACCCCAUCCUAAUGCGACCCCUACCGCUGCGUCGGAAGCCGGUGCGGAUUCUCGGCCAUCGUCGACAGCAAUCGUAGGUGGCGGGCCGACGGGGCUCGCCGUGGCUCUUAUGCUAGCUCGGAGAGGCUACCGGGAUAUCAGCGUGAUGGAGCGCCUGAACCAGCCACCGCCGCCAUCGUCUCCGAAGUGGGACAACGCGGAAAGGUCGUACAAUCUAGGCAUAGGCGGGAGGGGACAGGUGGCGCUGGCGAAGCUUGGGGCGGUCGAUAGGGUGCUGGAUUGGUGCGCGGAAGCUGUGGGCCGCAAGGAUUGGAACCCGCAAACUCCGGACGGUGCUGAGAGGAUAUUUUCUGAGCGCAAAUACAAAACGAAGGUUAUCGCGAGGGACAGGCUCGCGAGCUGCCUCCUCGAAGAGAUACGAGAAAAGCACUCGGACGCCGUCACAGUCCGCUUCGAUGUCGAGUGCACCGGCGCCAAGUGGCUCGAACCCGGGGGUAAGGGCUCGGGAGCAACGCUGUCCAUCAGAGACACCUCCGGCGGGGAGACGUCCGAGUUGACGGCGGACUUCGUCGUGGCGGCGGACGGCGUGAAGUCGGCGAUAAGGGACGCCUUGGAGGGGGACAAGGCCCUCACGCGAGCGCUGUCGGGCGGUGAUGUGCGGGUCAAGAGGUUCCCGCGGGUUAACGAGUUCGCCUACAAGGUCGUGCCGUUCAAGCUCGAUGCCGGCUGGAGAAACGACUUCAACUACUCGCACAGGACGAAGGGAGGCAUUACGUUGGAGGCGCUGCCCACGAAAGAGGGAGGGCAGGUCGGCGUGCUGCUCUUCAGGCCCGACGACGAGCGGAUUCUGGGUCUGAAGGAUGCGGCGGAUGGCCGCGCUCUAUUCGAGGAGCUGUUCCCGCAGUUUGCUGGCAUGGUCAAGGAUGAGGCCUACGAAAGGCUCGCUCUGCAGGAGGUGUCGCGUCUGCCGGCCUUUUCCUACACGGGACCGGUCUUGCACCUCGGCAAGAGCGCUGUCCUCCUCGGCGACGCGAUCAAGUCUGUUAAGCCGUACUUUGGCCUGGGGGUCAACACUGCCUUCGAAGACUGCAUUGCACUCGACAGAUGCCUCGAAGAGACCGGAGACGACCUCGCGGCGGCCCUGCCACUCUACUCCCGCCGCCGCGCGCCGGAGGCGAAAGACCUCGUGGAGCUCUCCCGAGGUUUCGACCGCACGGGAGUCGCCGGGUUCUUCGGGUUCAUCCUCCCGCUUAUCCUGGACUCGGUGUUCCACAACGCGCUGCCCAAGGUCUUCGCGCCGAACACCAUCGCGUUCCUGCAGAGGGAAGGGAUCACCUUCAGAGGCAUCCGCCGGAGAAAAGGGCUGGACAGGGUCAUGCAGGGGGUGGUCUUGAUGGCGGCGGGCGUCGCAGCCGUGUCGGCGUUGCGGGUGGGCGCCGGGGCUCUGGGACCCCUCGUGGCUUCGGCGUUUGCGGCGAUUAGGUAA